AUGUAUCGAAUGGUAUGGCAGCAAGCGUCAGACCAACUUCUCCAUAAGAUAUUCUGGAGAGAUUCUUCAGAGGAGCCACUGCGGACGUACAAGCUUACUGCCGUUACGUAUGGUACAUCAUCUGCACCAUACCUCGCUACUCGCUGUUUGAAUCGAUGUGCCGAAGAAGGGGCAGAACGUUAUCCAGUUGCUGCAACGAUAGUCAAGAAGACCUUUUACGUGGAUGAUAUGCUAGCGGGUUUCCACAGUGUUGAAGAAGGGAAACUUGUUUGCAAGGACGUCCGAGAACUUCUGCAAGGAUCAGGUUUCAAUCUGAGGAAGUGGAACAGCAAUGAUCCGGAAAUCUUGUCGGAAAUCCCUUCUCAAUUACGUGAUGAUCGUGAAGUUCUUGAUCUGGAUGAGAAGGCGACGGUGAAGACGUUGGGUCUAACUUGGGAGCCAGCUACGGAUACGUUGCGGAUCAAGGUUCCCAACUGGAAGCCUGAAGGGCCAGUAACGCAUCGAAUCGUUCUCUCAGAGAUCGCACGGCUUUUCGAUCCAUAUGGACUAGUGGGUCCAGUAAUAGUUCAAGGAAAGCUAUUUCUGCAAGAACUUUGGCAAGCAAAGUACUCCUGGGAUGAGCUUUUAAGUGGCGACCUCCAGUCACGAUGGCUUGAGUUCAGGAGAAACCUCAGCGAGCUUGAUGCAAUCUCUGUACCCAGGUGGAUUGCAUUCGGAAAAGACGUGACCUCUUGCGAAAUCCACGGAUUCAGUGACGCUAGCGACAAGGCCUACGGAGCAACAGUCUACCUACGAUGUGUGAACCUGGACGGAGAAAUAACGGUGAACCUGUUGAUGGCCAAAUCAAAGGUUGCGCCGUUGGAAGAUCUCAGCCGAAGAAAGAAGAAGCAAUCUACGCCUCGUCUAGAGUUGUCUGGCGCACUGUUGCUCGCUCAUCUCUAG